AUGCUGGCCGUCGCAUUAUCCGCUAUUCUUUACGCUCUGCUCAUUAGCAACUCCCUUGCUGAACUUGGACGGGGGAGCCUACGUCAACGACAAAGCCCAAAAUGCGCCGCCAGUUCCUUUACGAAUGUGGUCAACCUCCCUGGAGUCACCGUCACCAUCGAGAAAGCCGUGUCGAUCUCGGAACGUGGCUCUUAUGCGGAAUCAGGAAACCAGGGCUUCCCGCAAACGAUUGACUUGCUGCCGGCACUAUGUGCCGUGACAGUCAGAGUUACCAACACCUCCGAUGUCCCCAUAAAACCCCAGUCCAGCUACCGGAUCGGCUUAUUCCUCCCCACAACGACAAAUUGGAACUCGACGAUUCUCACCGUAGGCAGCGCCUCGUUUGCUGGUGGUAUCAACUGGCCGGGAAUGAGCGAAGGGACACACUACGGCUUCGCGACCAUAUCAACAGACAACGGCCAUAAUUCGGCGGGGAGUGAUCUUUCCUGGGCAACACCAGCGCGGCUCUACGACUGGGGCUACCGAGCGCUACACGGCUCAGUCCUAGUCGGCAAGCUGCUCGUCGCCCAUUACUACAGCAACUCACCAACCUACUCCUACUACGCAGGAUGCUCGACCGGAGGCCGCCAAGGAUUGAGAGAAAUCCAGUACGAUACCAACAGCUUCGACGGCGCUCUCAUCGGAGCCCCAGCCUGGGACACCAUGCACCUCAUGCCGUGGAUCUCCAAGAUCGCCGCCCAACAACUCAACACCACCGCAAACGGCAGACUACGGGCUACGCAGCUUUCUAUCCUCGCCACCGAAGUCCUGCGUCAGUGCGAUGCCCAAGACGGUGUCAAGGACAACAUCAUCAGCCAACCCGACCAAUGUCGUUUCGACAUCUCCAAGAUCAUCUGCUCCGACCCGUCCCGCUGCCUCACCCGCGCGCAAGCCGACACCGCCGGCAAGAUCUAUGGCGAAUACAUCAUCAACAGCGGAAAUGGUCGAAACCGGACAGUCUACAACGGCUUCACCCUCAGCUCCGAAGACCAAUGGUCCGUCUACUUCGGUUCCGACGCCGCCCUCUCCGACUUCGACUUCAGCUACGAGCGCUACUGGCUCUACAACCUCACUUCCACCCAACCCCCCUACACCUGGCAACAAUACUCGGACCAAGUCGUGCUAGACUCGGAACGAAUAAACGCCGGUCAAGCAACCGCCAACCAGUUCGACGCCCUCUCCUCUUACCGAAAUCGCGGUGGGAAAAUCAUCAUGUACCACGGCCUCGCCGACGGACUCAUCUCUCCCAAGACUUCACUAGCCUACUACAACGCCACCAUUUCUUCUAUGAACACUUCAGAAGCACGAGAAAUCCGCUCCUGGUUCCGCUACUUCCAAGUCCCCGGCAUGCAACACUGCUACUUCAGCAACCGAUUCAACGCGCCCUGGGACUUUGGCGCCCCGGGGCAGGCCUCGCAGCUGCGUAUGUUGCCGGCGUUGGGGACAAACCUAAAAGCGUUUGGCGAUGGGUGGUCGGUCCCCGGGCAUCUGGGUGAUGAGAGGUAUGAUAUGCUGGCGGCGUUGGUGAAGUGGGUGGAGGAGGGCAGGGAGGUCGAGCAGGUGGUUGCUACGGCGUUUAAGGAGGAUUUGAGUGAAGGGGUUUAUAGGACGAGGCCGGUUUGUGCGUGGCCUGGACGGGCGGUUUGGGAUGGGAGGGGGGAUGUGGAUGUGGCGGGGAGUUGGAGGUGUGUUUGA